AUGGAAUAUAGUGACAUUAUUCGUUGUUUAGACGCUUUUAAAAGUGUUAAAGUCGAUGAAAAAUCAACAAUAGGAACUUUUGAAACUUUUUGUGACGCAUUAACUAUCUGGAUAAACAAACCUCAUGUUGUAAACCGGCGACUUUGUGGUUCGAAAGUUGUGUAUCAAGACAGCACUGGAGAGACCGACCUCCGCAGUUUUAUACAUAGAUGUUUAUUAUCCUCCAAAGACCUACAAGCAUUACAUAAAAGAGAUGAUGUAGAAGAAGUUCCGCCCCUCUCAUCUUUGAUGGAUAUGACAUUUUAUUUUAUUCUUCUAGAAAUUUUCUACAAACAACAGAACCAAAUGUCAACGAAAGAAGCCAUAAUAAUAGAUUUUGGUAAUAAAAGUGCAACAUUCUUACCAAUUAAUCAACACAAGAGGGAUAGUAAUGGAGAAUGCAAUAAAAGUCUUGUUGCACCAUAUCAGUUGUGCUUUAAACAAGAAAGCAGUCAAUCAUGGAUAAUCUUGAACACAAGAACUGAAUUAGCUGCAUCAGAGAAAGGGUAUAUUGACUGGCUUAAAACAACUUUGUUGACAAAACUAGUCAAUUGGAGUUCUGAGAAAAAUCUCCGAACCUCUGUAACUUCCCUUAGGUUGGUUCCUGUUGACAGAUACAACCAACUUUACAACAGUCUUAAGGAUAAAUAUGGCAGGAAGUUUGUUAAGAUAUGGCCAGAGAAAACAGACCCUGAAAAAUUUGUGUAUGAAGAUGUUGCUAUUGCCACUUAUUUAUUGAUCAUAUGGGAAAUACAAAGAAGAGAGCAAAAUCGUGAAGAAUUACAAAGUUUUGUGGACUUGGGAUGUGGAAAUGGAUUACUAGUUCAUAUUCUCCAGUCAGAAGGGCAUCCUGGCCUGGGUUUAGAUGUAAGGAAAAGAAACAUAUGGGAUCUCUAUGGUGAUCAAACAAAAUUGAAGGCAAAGAGCAUAACACCUUCAGCAGAGAGUACUUUCCCUGAUUUUGAUUGGCUGAUUGGAAAUCACAGUGAUGAAUUAACUCCAUGGAUUCCAGUCAUAGCAGCAAGGUCAUCUUUUAGGUGUAAUUAUUUUGUCCUGCCUUGUUGUCACUUUGACUUUGAUCGUAAGUUUAGCCAGAGGGAAGCCAACGAGAGUAACUACAGAUCCUACUUGAACUUUGUGCGUGAGGUUGGGGAGGUGUGCGGCUUCAGUGUUCUAGAGGAUACCCUUAGAAUUCCAUCCACAAAGCGGGUUUGUUUCAUUGGUAAAAGCAGAAAUUAUGAGCCAGAAGAAAACAACCUAGUUGAUGACAGGAUAGCAAACUAUAUUAAGUUAAGAAGUUCAAGGUCAUUCUCAUCAGACAGUGAUGGUAACCCAGCCAAAAAACAGAAAACUGAUGAUUCCUGGUCAGAAGGAUUCACUCCUCGGCCAAGCGAAGAGAAGUCUCGUAACUGUAAAACUGUGGAUUCAGAAACUGUGAAUCACAUUGUGAGGACAGUGUUUGAUGUGCUACUGAACAGUCCAGACUGUGAGGAGAGGCAGUUAGAGGAGGGAAGGGUGUGGAGGAAAGGAGGUAAAAAGUGUCUUGGUGAUGUUGUGAAACUGUUUGAUAAGGAUGUUCUGAAACAGUUAAAAUCAGAGUGUGGUGGGCUACAGACAUUGCUUAGGAACCACAACAGUGUAUUUAAUGUGUAUGGUGGCACAGUGCAGUUGAGGGAUCUAACUUUGGAUGAACCGUAUAGCAAACACUCUAAGUUAUCUAAGAAGGACAAAAGUCAACACUUUAAAACUGUACAGUGCUGGUUCUAUAACAAUCACCCUGAUGGAUGUCCCCGAAUAGCUGAGAAAUGUCACUUUGCACAUGGAAAGCAUGAUAUGAAAAUAAUAGACACAGCCAAUAAAUAGUAUUCAAAAAGGA